ACGCACUGCAGUUAGCGAGCUCGCGUGGAAACUAAUGCAGACCAGAGCUCAGGCUUUAGGCCAAUGGACUUAACUCAGCGCGGUGUGGAGUUCAUACACAGCCCGAACAGACGCCAUGUUUCCCCGGUCUCCUGCUCUCUGUUACAGGCUGUGCUGAACGACCUCAUGAUCCUCGCCUAGAUGACCUUUCUGACGCUACGCUAUGGAAGACAGCGCCAGGAGCUGGUCUUCCCUGUAGGAUGGUAGCGCACGGCGCCGUGGAAGACACGUCAGGCACGUCAGCGGAUCACCAAGCCCCGGUCUUGCACCCCGAAAACCGCACGCACUUCCGCUUGUUCAGGAAUGAGAGCGAAUACAAGAUCAUCAACGAGACCAAAUCUAUGCUAGAGGAGAGUGGAUUCUACUGGGGGGCCAUGAAAGUCGAGGAGGCCCAUCACAAGCUCAAGAAUGAACCCGUGGGAACUUUCCUGAUCCGGGACAGUCAACAGACAAACUUUUACUUUACACUGAGCUACAGGGCGUCUUCAGGUCCCGCCAGCGUUCGCAUACACUUCCAGGGCUUGCGCUUCAGUCUCAUGGGGAGCAAGGUGUCGUUCGAGACGCUCUUCCAGCUGUUGGAACACUACACCAGCCCUGCUAAGAAGAUCCUGCUGCGGCCAUGCAGGAAGCAGCCGGUACGCUCGCUCCAGGAACUGUGCCGCAAACGGAUUAUAGAAGUGUCUGGAGCGCAGUCUAUCGAAGAACUUCCGGUCAAUCCCAUCGUCAAAGACUUCCUCCGCUCUUUUCCGUAUCGGCUCUGAAGACUCGGACGCAUUAACACACCGCUAAGGAAAUAUGCUUGCCAUACUUGCCGGCACCAAACACGCACUUUGUAGCACAUUUUGGAAAGACUUGAACAGUUGGAAGUUUACGUCAUCUUUGAAUGUUUACACUAUCAUGCAGGGAGUCACACUGCUUCCUGUGAUUAUAUUUUUGCUAUGCAAAAAGCUAUAUUUCUCCAUCAGUAUUUUUAUAAUAAUAAUAAUAAUAAUAAUAAAAUGUAUUUUUAAACCUUUGAAAAAA